UAAGCAAUACAAAGUGAUGUUACUUUUGCCCUUCUGUAUGUUUCCUUUGCCCGCUCGUUCUAGAGCCAACACUAAAAGAGCAAUAAAUGAGUAGUGUUGAAUGUGAUAUUCAUGUAAAUCCCAGCAUUGACAUCUUGGCUACGUCACAGUGCGAGGCUUAUCCGCAAAGGCUAACACAUGAUUAACAACUUCUCGAUUUAUCGAUUGCGAACUGCAGGAAACACGAGACCUCUCAAGAACAACACAACUAUUGUGUUCUUACAAUUAUAUUUCAAAAAGUACUUUCUAAUACGAUUUACACCCCCCCCGGUAUUAAUGAUCUGUCGCAGGUGCGAAACACUUUGUCAUGAUGCGAAACAAACAAUCCUCAUCGCUGCAGAAGACGUACGAUGAAUGCUAUUUAAUAUGUUCGACAGCUGUAUAUUUUGAGGGGCAGGUUAGUGCGGAUAGUUGUAAUCUGGGCUGGAAGACUUUGCGAUUGGAGAGAGGAAUUACUGACAAGUUUUCAUACAGGGCAACGAGGCAGAAGCUUUACGAUCAUGGCGGUCGGCUCUUGAUCAAAUAUAUUAUCACAAUGCAUAUCGAGUUCCUGCAGGCUAUGUACCCAAAUCCGAAACCGAAAAAGCUUUGAAAGAUAGCCUGAGGUCUAUGGAAAUGCAAUGCAAGGAACGCGUCGAUCUAUUAGAAGCCCUAAAGGCCUCGCGGGAAGAAAAGGAAAGUGGAGAAAAGACUCCGCCAGAUGAGACGAGCAGUGGCGGCAGUGGCAGCGGAAGGUUUAAAUCAUUUUUGAAGUCUGGACGUGCUUCUUCGGAUUCUCUACCUCAUACUACAAGCAAUACCAGUAACACAAUUGGCGAGGGUACAAUUCCUGCGGUCAAUUAUGAUGGUCUACCAAAGCCUACCCCGCCUCCGCUGCCACAAAGACCAUCAUUGGCUGCAAAGAAUAGCUCAGAGAUGGCCGUCGUUGGUGGUGAGAGAAGUAUGUCGAGCUCUUCUAUUGCACCACAAUCAGCAUCAUCGAAGCCAUCCGCUCCAACAUUUCAUCCGUCAAUACCUGCGCCACAACACAAAAUGUCAAAAGAUUCAAGAAGUCCAAGCCCCGAAAAAGGAGGAAGAACAAUGCUUCAAACGUUGAGAUCUGGCGAUUCUAAGAAAAGUAAGAGUUCUCGAUCAAGUCAAAAGAAGGGUGAUAAUUCUGUCACGAAUAAAGCUGCUACUCUGGCUUGGAAUACCAUGGGUAGAAAGGGAAAAGAUAAAGACAGAUCGAUCCGUUCUCAAGAUCCAGAAACUGAUAACAGCACAACAAACCUACCAGGUACUAAGCCUGGCUUUUCUGAUCCAACCAAAGGAAAACCAUUACCUCCGAACCCGGUUCGAUUCGAUAGCACAACAAGAACUCUAGUGCCAGAAGCACGACCGCCCCGAAAGUCACCAGUCGAUUUACUAACUGGCAUGAAUGAUUUGGUUGGAGCCACGGGUCGAUCAAAUGGGUAUCCGUUUCCUCUAACUGAUCCAGGUCAACCAGGCGCUGUUUCGGGACAUUCUCUCAACGCCGCCACUAUGAAAGACUUGAUUAACCUUGAUUCUCCACUUGUACCACCACCUGCUGAGCCUGACACUGGUCCGUCAUCACAACCAUCAUCGAUAGAAUCCAGCGCUACAACAUUCGCACAGCUUAAGAAAGGACCUCCCCCACCACCACCUCAUUCAAGACCACCAGGUAAAUUUGAACCGUUGAAAUAUCCUACUUAUCUUCAGGAGUAUCCCGAUACAAUAGCCAAGAAGGGCAAUCCGGACGGCAUACUACUUCAGCGAAGGAGACCAAGUCCAAGGCUAGUCUCAGACGCGGAUUCUACAGCUACAUCAAAUCGCUUACAAAGAAAACCUGUGUCUGCAAAUAUUUCGUCAACAAGGCGUGUAGAUGAUGGCAGAAGGUCACGAGGUAAAGAAGUUAGACGAGUGAAGGGGGAUGACACUUCGUCUCAAAGUGCGAAUGAUGACACCAGUAAUGAAGAACCACGAACUCGACAUAAGAGAAAACAAAAGCAAGUGUUAGCACCAAUACUUGCUGAUCCCACGACACCAACAUCGGAUGAAUCCAAUGAUUCCGCCGCUGACACAAUCAGAAGUGCAUGGGAUGAGAAAGUAAAAUAUCUCAUGAAACAUCUUCCAAAAGGGGUCGAUGAAGGGGCUGCCAAGCAAAUCUUUAACGAGAUUGUAGUUCAGGGUGAUGAGGUGCACUGGGAAGAUGUCGCCGGUUUAGAGGCUGCUAAGAAUGCGCUCAAAGAAGCCGUCGUUUAUCCAUUUUUACGACCAGACUUAUUCAUGGGUCUUCGCGAACCAGCUCGUGGUAUGCUUUUGUUCGGUCCUCCAGGUACAGGUAAAACUAUGUUAGCAAGAGCGGUUGCCACUGAAUCGAAGUCCACAUUCUUCUCUAUCUCAGCUAGUAGUUUGACAAGUAAGUUCUUGGGUGAAUCUGAGAAACUUGUGCGAGCAUUGUUUUCUCUCGCAAAAGCACUGGCCCCAAGUAUCAUUUUCGUUGAUGAAAUUGAUUCACUCCUUUCCGCGCGAUCUGGUGGGGAGCACGAAGCUACAAGGCGCAUUAAAACUGAAUUUCUCAUUCAAUGGAGUGAUUUGCAGAGAGCUGCGGCUGGGAGGGAACAAACAGACAAGGAAAAGGAGAGAGGGGAUGCCAGUCGAGUUCUAGUACUUGCGGCAACAAAUCUGCCAUGGGCAAUUGAUGAAGCGGCGAGACGACGAUUUGUGAGAAGGCAAUAUAUCCCUUUGCCUGAGGAUGAAACUAGAGGCAAGCAAUUGAAGACUCUGUUGGGACAUCAAAAACAUAGUUUGAAAGACAAAGGCAUUGAAGAAUUGGUUAGGUUGACCGAUGGUAAGAUUUCUUGUUGCAUCAUUGGGAUAUUUCUAACAGCAUAUCUAGGGUUCUCGGGGUCCGACAUUACAGCAUUAGCUAAGGAUGCAGCCAUGGGCCCUCUUCGAUCUCUUGGAGAAAAGCUAUUGGAAAUGUCUAUGGAUGAUAUUCGUCCAAUGCAGAUGGAAGACUUUGAGGCCAGCUUGGUCAAUAUUAGACCAAGUGUAAGUAAACAAGGACUUCAAGAAUUUGAGGAUUGGGCAAAGGAGUUUGGUGAACGGGGUGGUUAAGUCUACGAUGCAUUUUUGUUUGUAAUUAUAUAUUACUUUGUGUAUAAAUAUUUUAGCUUUUGGUCUAACAUGAUUGAUUUGGAGGCCUAGCAUACAGUAGGAUCAUGGGGUUGGGAUGGCAAUGGAAAGGUCCCCAGUACCUGGAUGGGUUAUGAUUGAGAGUUGGGUCUUCAGAAUUGAGAAUUGAAACUCUUUACAGGAUAAGAGCUGGUAUGAUGCCGUUGUUAACACAACAUACGCAAUAGAUAUAUUACAUGAUGUGUUCAUUUUA